GGGAACUGUGAUUGGCUCCGGUCGGACAGCGCGCCAAGAAUCCUUGUGCUAUGCGCAGCAGGUUUGUUCGUGGAGAAAACCGAGGCGGAUCACAAUGUGGAACAAUCACGGAGGUUUUGAUGGUGGUUACGGUGGUUCAGGAAUGGGAGGAGGAGGCGGUGGUGGUUACAUGCAAUCACCUGGGGGUUUUGGGUCUCCAGCACCCACCCAAGGAGAAAAGAAAUCGAGAUCCAGGGCGCAGCAGAUAGUGCCAUGCACCGUAUCACAGUUGCUCUCUGCCUCUCAGAGUGAUGAAGUUUUCAGGAUAGGAGAUGUUGAGCUUUCACAGGUUACAAUUGUUGGAAUUGUCAGACAUGCAGAAAAGGCUCCCACAAACAUCUUAUAUAAAGUGGAUGAUAUGACUGCAGCACCCAUGGAUGUCAGACAGUGGGUGGAUACAGAUGAAUCAAGCUGUGAAAGUAUAGUAGUACCUCCUGGGAGUUACGUGAAGGUAGCUGGCCACCUACGUUCCUUCCAGAAUAAAAAAAGUGUUGUUGCGUUUAAAAUUGCACCAAUAGAAGACAUGAAUGAGUUUGUAUCUCAUAUGUUGGAGGUUGUCCAGUCUCACCUGAUCCUCAAUUCCCAGAGUCAGUCUGCAGGAGGUGGCUCUUCCAUGCCCCUCAGCACACCUGGGAGGUUGGGAAUGGACACCAGUGGAGGAGUUUACGGUGGUAAUGAUAUGCAAACAAAUGGCCUAACACCACAUCAGAGCCAGAUCUUGAAUCUGAUCAAAAGCUGCAGGGGCAGUGAAGGUAUGGCCUUUGACGAUCUGAAGGCAAGACUUCAUGGAAUGAAUGUGAACACAAUAAAGCAAGCUCUGGAAUUCCUCAGCAACGAAGGCCAUAUUUAUUCCACAGUGGAUGAAGACCAUUUCAAGUCCACGGAUGGAGAUUAAGAAGCAUACAUCCCACUGUGUUCCAACUAAAAUGGUAUAUUACAGCAGAACUAAGACAUCCAUAAAUUCAGUUUGCCUGCACAAUUAAUUUUUAGUAUUCUUCAAGCAGAUCAAUAAUUGUUGACUGACAUGCUCUUAAAACAGGCACAUAGAGGGCCCUAGAUCUGAUAGGCUUAUGUACCAUUUUAUAUUUGAGCUACUUAUUUGAAUAACAGUCUCUUAAUUAACGCUGUCCACAUUAAAUAGAAAUUGCUUAGAAUAUUGAUGUCAGAGCUAAAUAUGGGUUCAUGCCUUUAAAGGGUUGGAUUUGUUAAAUUAACCUUAUGGUUUUUGUUAGUAUUGAAUUCAGCCUACAUGAUGAUUUGGCACUUGUACUAUUUUUUACAUUUUGACAUGGCUUUAUCAUAUAUUUAUCCAUUUGCCCCCCCUCCAUAAUUUUCUUUAAAAGAAUUGUUGAAAUUGCAAAUGUUUUGAACCUGUAAAUAAAGUUGCAUAAAAUGUUUUUUUUUGUAGUAUUGAAACCUGAUUAAAGCAAAGUUUGCUUUUUGGUCUUAUGGAAAACAAUUUAUAGGUUAACAGAAUAUUUUAUAUUUUGAGAAAGAUUCUGUAAAAUUUACAGAAGUGAAAAUAAAGCCAUUUUCUUUCCA